GAGAAAGAACUUGAUAUAUGGACAAGUAUACUUGAUAUAUGGCCGUUCAUUCCCGGUGGUCUUCGGAUAUCAGAUCUAUAAAGAAAACCGAUUUUCUUGAAAAUCGAUGUAACGAGUUCGAUAUGAAAGAAGAAGAGAAAGCCUUAAAUAAAUCUUAGGCGGUGAUAAAUCUUUACCGCAUGAAAAACGGCGAUCCGAGCUGCAUACUAACCGGCGAUAAGAGUCUAAAAGAAUAUCAACUUCUUUUCUCGUAAGAUCUUUGACACGUUUGCACUAUGAAGAUUGAGAUAAUAUGUUUGUUGUCGGUGUUGAUCGUGCUACCGGCGGCGGGAGGAUCGUUUAUGGAUCUGAUAAGAAGAGUUUUUCAAAUAGGAACGAACGACCUUGAGAAAAGCGGAGUGCAAUACCCUGUGAUGUACAGUGGAGUAAGAAGUCAACCCCGAGUUCCUGAUUACGUUCCUUUUCCCUGUGAUGUUCGAUAUGGACGAUCGCCAAACGUGCCUGACAGUGUGCAUCGUUUACGACCCGGUGACAUAGAUGUAGUCGGUGGCCUAGGGGAUUCACUAGUCGCUGGAAGUGGCGCUCUGGAGGAGUUUGCUAUAGGGACUUUCAUAGAAGCGCGGGGAGUCAGCUGGUGUGUAGGAGGACAAGGAGACUGGAGAAGAUUUUUAACUGUUCCUAAUUUGUUAAAGGUAUUUAACCCAAAUUUAGUGGGUUAUUCAACGGGCACAGGCGAGUUCAUUUCGACGAAAGCGAAGUUGAACAUCGCAUUUCCUGUCGCGGCUACCGAGGACGCGCUGCAUCAGGCUCGCAUCCUCGUUCAGAGAAUUAAAAGGAAUCCCAGGAUAAAUAUAAGAAAACAAUGGAAGCUGAUCACUAUCUUCUUUGGCGCAAACGAUAUUUGUUCCGCGCAGUGCUUCAGUCCAAUCAAAUUCUCACCGGUCCGAUACGCUCUUCAUUUACGAAGGGUGUUGGACUUCUUGGAAGUUGCUCUACCUCGAACUUUAGUCAAUCUCGUGCCAGUUAUAGAUGUCACAGUUUCCCUUAGGCUACCAAGAAGUGCCAUGUGCAACAUUUUGCAUCCGCUGUACUGUGCUUGUAUGCACAGAGGCAAUCGACCGGAUAUUACAGCUUCUAAAAUGUCGCAGUUCUACCAACAGGCUGUAGAAACAUUAAUAUAUUCUGGAAGGUAUGACAAUUCUCCAGAGUUUACGGUGGUGUUGCAACCAUUUAUCAAAGUAUUCAAUGCACCAAAUGCGGAUCCCAGUCAAGCGGCACCGAUCGAUCCCAGUUUGGUUACUUACGAUUGCUUCCACUUUAGCCAGAAGGGUCAUGCAUUAGGAGCAAAUCUUCUAUGGAACAACAUGCUAGAACCGGUGGGUAACAAAACCGAUCAAGGAUUACCGGAAGUGUUCGAGCGGAUCCUGUGCCCCAGCGAGCGGACGCCGUACAUUUUCACGAACGUGAACUCCAGACAUUUCCGACUAACGGGCAGCCAAGACGGCACAAUGGACAGAUAACGAACAGACAUACGCGCCGAUAGCGUUUGCUUUCACUCGAGAUAUCGUUGAUACGGCGUCUCUAUUUACGAAUAAUUCCUAAGUCAAAUGGAAAAUUUGACGUUCGAGUGGCGCCGAAAGCCGAUACUUCUUAUCGCACUUUUGUGGAUACGCAGCUUCUAGGAAACCUGAUCUACCUAUGUUUAUGCUGUGAUCGAAUGUUUGAGGAUUUACACGUGCGAUUCAGAUGCGAAUGCAACUUUUGAAAGAAUUUCAUAUUCUUUUUGUUCUAUUAAUAAUUUCGCGCUCGAAAUGUUGGCAGUAGGAUUAAUGUGAAUCUUGAUGGUACAUGUGCCAACUUAGUGGACGUACAGUAAUGAUUAUUUAUAUUUAAGUUAAUAAUUGAAGGUUGGGUGUAUGGAGGAGUUAUUUUGUUGCGAGUCGUGUGUCUGACUUGAUGGCACCUGGAAUCCAUGUAAAACCUAUUGGUCCAUGUGCCAACUUAGCGGACGUACAGUAAUCAUUAUUUAUAUUUAAGUUAAUAAUUGAAGGUUGGGUGUAUGGAGGAGUUAUUUUGUUGCGAGUCGUGUGUCUGACUUGAUGGCAUUUGGAAUCCAUGUACAACCUAUUGGUCCAUGUGCCAACUUAGCGGACGUACAGUAAUCAUUAUUUAUAUUUAAGUUAAUAAUUGAAGGUUGGGUGUAUGGAGGAGUUAUUUUGUUGCGAGUCGUGUGUCUGACUUGAUGGCACUUGGGAUACAUGUAAAACCUAUUGGUCGAUGUGCCAACU